UUGCAUUAUUUUUUGGAAAUUGAGGCUGUAUCUUUUGAAGAAGACGACUGGCACUCGAGGAGCACGCAACGCCAUCACUCCUGCCCGAGAUAGAGGAAUAACUAGGGGCGGCUCACGCGCGAGGUCCGCCUAAGGAUUCCAGUUUCCGGGACGCUUCCUUUUCCAAGUCAACGCUACAGACUCGCCCGUGCCGACUCGAUAUCCGCAAGCAGAGCGAUGCUUCAUUUGACAAUCAAGGAACCUGAGUAAUAAUGGAACGACGAUACCGAGGCGACGAGAAGCUGCCUUUGUGCGCCGCCGUCGUAGUUCUAGGAGUCGCUUCUUCCGCCUGCUGCAUCGCCGCCGAGUUCAGCAGAGUGAAGGAGGAGGACAUGAAGCUGGACGGAAGCCUGUGCUCUCUGCCGCGCAGCCGUGCGUUUGGGCUGGGCGUUGCCGCGCUCGUUUGCCUCUCCACUGCCCAGGUCGUCGGAACCGCCGUGGCUCUGUCCACCGACAAGAAGGCAAGCGGCGUCCGAAUGAUCUCCGUCGCCCUUCUACUUCCCUCGUGGGCAGCCUACGGUCUGGCGGCGGUCCUGUUGGCCACCGCGUCGAGCAUGAGCGGCGAGCAGCCGUACGGGAAAGGCUGGAUGAACGGCGAUUGCUACAUAGUGCACGACGGCGUUUAUGCUGGCGCGGCAGCGCUCGCCGUCCUCGUCGUGUUUCUCACGCUCGCCGUCGGCUUUGCGGUGGCCGCGUCGGGGGAUCGCCGGAGGCCGGGUGGGGAAGGAUGCGGCCCCCAACUGAAAGGGCCCGGGGUCGUGGAAAAGGGGUUUGACUUGUGAAUUGUGUUCCCAUAUCGAAGUCAAAAAUAGUUAAAAUAUUGACAACACGCAGACAAUUUUA